CAGGGCCAGGUAAUGGUUUCUUGUCACUUGUUGCAGCACAGCGAGCCCAGUAGAAGAUCCAGAUGUCCGCUAGCAUAAGCACGAUGAGUUGCGUCUGAAGGAUUAUCAGCUCGUGGGCUUCCAAACUGCCCUUCUCUUGGCCUGGCGAAUCCAAUAGAUAGAGGGAGAACGAAGCUAUAGGCAAGGAAUAAGUGCUCGCCGGCAGGUUUUGCGCGCUCGCAUCGCUCGUUGUGAUGGAUGACGAUGCGGCGGAGAAAAUGGACGGAGCGGUGUCAGCACUGCCUAGUGACAUGACCAACAGCGGCAGUGAUAUGUCCCUGACUGCAAACUGUGGAACAUCAGCUAGCAAAGACCCAGACCUGCUGGGUGAUUCAUGGAUGUGUGUCAUUGGAGAGGACCUCAAAAACAACGAUGAAGUGAAAAGAAGCGGACAGGCACUAGGUUUGUCUAUUGCCUACACAAACGAGCCAGCAAUACCGGACUGCGUGCCGAGUGGCUGCAAUCUGGCGUUCAUCUGCGGCGAGUUUGACGGGCCGCUGUUCGACAAGCUUUGGGCCAGAGUGAGAGCGCUGAAGAGCAGCCGUGUUCGGAUCCUGGGACCGCCAUGUCUUCACUACUGUGCAGCUGCUAAGGUGGAAUUGCCUCUGACACGGCGUCCCAUCUACUCACUCAGCAUGUCGGGUGUAUCGGUGUGUUUCAUGGGCUUCAAGGCCAGCGAGAAGAAUACAAUGACUCCACAAAGACGAAUAUCCUGGGAAUCGGAGUGACGAGCUCCACGCCAUCUCAAGAACAGUGGAUUAUCUUGAAGGUGAUGCCGGGUAGUAACCAAUCGCCACUGUCAGCUCUGGAGAGCGUUACGGAAACCCUGCUCAAAGCCAGGGCGGACUGCAGUGGGAGCAAUUCGAGCAAUUUCCUGCAAGUGGUGAGCACGGAGCUCCUGCCUUUCUCUUACGAUGUCAACAUGACAGACUCCUUCUCUACGCCGAACAAGAGCCUUACUAAGGCCAUCAAGGGUGCCAGGCACAAAGCAAGGAAGGUGACUCGUGUUUUCUCGCACCAGGUACACCGCUUGGAAGGCCUGACGCCACGUCGUACAGGGUUACGGAGGUCCUAUGCACCGCCAUCCAAUCUGCCCUCUCGUCGGCACAUGGUUGUGGAUUCAGUCAGUUUCGUCACCGACUCACCUCAACUGGCACCGUCUGCAUCAAUGACUUCCAUAAACUCACCAGGCAUCACCAAAAGCAGACUCUCCGUGGCAUACUCUCUACCAGAGGAGGCCGAAGAGAGCUGCGACCAGCCAUGCAUAUCUUCGAGGGCAACAGCAGAGGACAAACAUGACAAGUCAGACUGCCAUAGCUGCUGCUCAGGUGUGUCGAUAUCACCAGCAAAGCGAAAGAACCACGCCGAGACCUGUGAUGAAGAUGAUGACCCGCUUCAGCCCGGACAGAGUGGUUCUCUUAGCAAGCGCAAGAAGGAAAACGGCGGCUCAAUGUCAACCUCAUCAUCCGUUGAGGAGUUCCAGAACCUGCCACUGACGUUUAUUUGAAACUUGAAGGAGUACACGUGCGUCAACGUGUGGUGUUUGUACUCAAGCGAACAAUUGCACUCUCUAUAUUCUACGCUGCGAUAGCCUUAACCAGCCAAGACUUUCCGUAAUUCGAACGUCAUUAUUUGCAGGAUUCUGAUGUACACUGUUAAAUUGAGACUUAACCCUACGUUUAACCGAGCUGCAUACUGCAUACAAAUUUUCUCUUUGAUUUCCUUGACUACGUAGAUACUGGUAUCAAACGUCCGGAGAACUUCCGGAAUUAGUAGGACGCUGUGGCGAAGCUUGAAUAUUAUCCGCGUUUUGUUUUAGUGCUUUCUGUUUAGCCAGAAUGGCAGUGUUAUUGACAAUGGAACCUUGCGAGUUUAGAAUUUGUACAUGUAUUUCAUGAGAUCAGCAGUCAAUUGGGACAAACCUGUACUGACUGGUCGAACCAUGAGCUGAAAUCCACAGGAUAUCCAGUCCAACCACA